AUGUCAACACAUUCAAAGGAUGUGUCAAUGGUCGAUUCAUUGAUGACCGAUGAUGAUGAUCAACAGCGUAAUACAUGUGCCGCUUACUAUGGUCCUUUUAUGCACUUACUUGAACUGCCCACAAGUUGGAGUCCAAAGGAGAAGGAGAAGUCUACACAUCUCGAGCUGAACAGCAGUCUACUGCGCGUCACCUAUCGUCCCACGAGCAAGGAUGGCAAUGAAGCGGGACUUGUGCGAUCGAACCGGCCCAUCCCCUCUGCAUGUGGCAUCUUCUAUUUCGAGACCAAAGUCAUUAGCAAGGGCAAAGAUGGAUACAUAGGCAUUGGAGUAUGUCCACAGAACAUGUUACUAUCAAGGCUUCCAGGUUGGGAGAAGAACUCUUAUGGAUAUCAUGGGGACGAUGGCAACUUAUUCAAGGGCGCAGGCGCAGGCAAGGCAUAUGGACCAACAUACACGACCAACGAUAUAGUUGGAUGCUGCGUCAACUUUAUCAACAACACUAUAUUCUUUACAAAGAAUGGAGUGCCUCUGGCAGAGGCAGCAAACGAUAUCAAGGGCCUGACAUUAUAUCCGUGCGUUGGACUGCGCACAUCGGGCGAAUCAAUCGAGGUCAACUUUGGUCAGAAGCCCUUCGUCUUUGAGAUUAGCCAAGUGUUCAAAGAGGAGAAGCUAAAGAUAUUCAAGAGCCUUCAGGCGACGCCCACCAUCAACGAGGAGAUGACCUCAUCUCAGCUCGUACUAGGCUAUCUCAUGCAUCAUGGCUAUCCCGAGACCGUCAAGCUCUUUGCCAAGGCCACAGGUACCAACGACAACAACCUUGACCUACAACUAGAUGAUAUAAAGAACAGGCAGAGGAUAUCAGAACUAUUACUCAAAGGCGAUAUUGACAAGGUGACGGCAGAGUUGAAUAGAUUGUAUCCAGACUUUUUGAAUAAGAGGCGGGAUAUACUCUUUAAACUACAUUGCCAGAAGUUUAUAGAGAUGAUCAAGUCGGAGCCAAUCGAGGACACGAUGGCAUUCGGCCAGAAGGAGUUGUACAGGUUCGCUCAGGAGUCGGAGGAGUAUGAAAGCAGUCUGAGGGAAGUGUUCUCUCUCAUCGCCUACCAGGAUCCCUACACCAGUCCCGUGUCGCAUCUGCUGCACAUCGAACGAAGAGAACCAAUUGUAAACGAUCUAAACUGUGCCCUACUAGUCCAUUGUAAUAAGCCCUCAACACCUGUCUUGGAGAAGAUAGUCAGACAGGUAAAGGUUGUCGUCAACGAAGUCAUUGUGAACAAUGCUGGCCCACCUGCUGUAUUCAUGAACCUCAAUGAGUUCAUUGAGCAAGAGGAUUCAUAG